AUGCCAAUGCGCAGCGGGUCCCGCUGGUCAAACGGCAAGUCCAGCUGGUACUGCACCAUCAACCUGCCCGGGAAAAAGAACAUGAUCAAAGCAAUGCACCCGCCGGCCAGGGUGUUGGCCAAUCCAAGGUCCGGCAACGACACGGCCACCACGGCAACGAAUACGUUCAAAACUGUAGCAAUCGCCACGCGUUUCGGGUCCGUCAUCACCGUCGUUAAAUUCCCAAAAAGCAUGACCUCAAACUUCUGUCUCAACGGGAUGAUGAAUAGCGAGUAG